GUUAAUUACAACUUCUAUAUGUACUCUACUCCUCCUCGCUUGAAGUUCCACGCAACCACACCCAUUCUGAAUUCAACUUCCUCUUUACUUCCAAUAAGAGAGAAACAAAUUGCGUAGCAGAAAAUCCAAAAAUGGAGAAGGCUAAGCAAAUCCUUCGAUUUUUCGGAAAUCCGGGAGAGGUGGCCGGAUCCGGUUCCGUCAUCGAUGAAUUCGGCUUCGUCGAGGAUUUGUCUUCCUGGGAAUUCGUGAUCCCCUCCGACGACGACGACGACGACGCCUGCUUCCUCAACGAUGAAGUCCUCGACGGAGACGAAUCCAGCGCUGGGAUGAAACAAGACGACACCGUUCUCGAAUUCGGGCUAAAACAAGACCGCUCGUGCCCGAUUGGUUCUCCUUCUUCCGGCGCAUCCAUGGAAUCUCCCUCGCCUGACCAGAUCUCUGUCCCACUUGAUGUUGCAGCCGUUGCGCUUGUGGAGUACGGAAGUGGUAGCGCAUAUGGGCCUGAUUGCGGUGUUGAAGAGGAAGACGAGGAAGAUGAUGAUUACGAUCUGGAUGAUGAGUUAGGUCUUUAUUUGGAUAGCUAUUCGUUUGGGAAGCAGAGGACGAAGAAGGUGAAAAAGAUGACAUGUCCAAGGAUGAAGAUCCAGAGAAGGUUGCCCUACUAUUACAACAAGCCGGGGGCUACCUGGAAGAUAAGGUGAUCAAUGAUUUGAAUUCAUGGCCGCCUGGUUCCAACUUCCAAUUACUAGUAGAAGAUAGGGACAACUGCUAGAUUUGAAAUUUGUUCAAUUACGUAGAUUUGGAAUUUGUCUAGUUCUAUUAGCUAUGAAUACUGUCAUUAAUUGUGUCUGUGUGUGUUCUUUCCGGGCAAUGCCAUUUUUAGUAUAUGGAAGUAUUUUAUGCACAUACUUCUCUGGGUAUGAUCGAAGAAUGUCCAAGAAUGAAUAAACAGGCUAGGGAUGAUAAAAAGAAUGCAAAAGAAUUUCUUCAUACGAAAAUAUUACAUAUCGACUUCGACUGUGCAAUAUUUUUUGAGUAAAAAUUAUAUUUUCUCUACUCGAAUUAUGUAAUUUGGUUUCAAGGACUAGAGCUCGAGAAGAAGGUAAAUAUAUUACUUGCAGAUUGACUUUGCUUCU